AUGCUCCCUGAGGUGAUGAUUCACGAUUUAGUGAAGUACUGUGGGAAUGCUGCUAAGAGAUGCCUACAAAAGAGCGGGAAAGAUAAGCAGGGCAGGAUGGAGCCCAUCAGGGCUGAGAUACGCAAGGAUGAACCCCUACUGUCAGUCACAGAGCCCAGAAGGAAGAACAGCAAGUCGGAGGGAUGGUGCCUGGCCCCUCAGAUCUGGUGGCAAGGCAAGAAAUGCAAGACCGCUGACCAGAUUCAUAACUCCCAGCCUCAAGCUGUGGAGGGAGUGAGGGAGGGAUCCAGAACACCUCAGGAAUACAUAGCUGAAGCACUUUACUCAGAAUAUGACAAGCGAAGUGCCCACUCGGUUGCCUGGCCCAGCCAUGAUAAAGCGAUCCUCAUCUUCAACAACCACAACAAGCCACAGCUCUCCAAGUUUUACCAGCCAUACAGUAAAGAUACACAACAGCAAAUCAUCAGGGAGACUUUCCAUCUAGUAUCUAAGAGGUAUGAAAAUGUUUGUAAUGUCCUAGAAAGAGGAUUCUUCAUUGGAGGAUCUAACAACAAAUUAAUUUAUAGACAUGAUGCAAUGCUAUAUUUUGUCUUCUGUAUGCAUUCAUCAGAAAGCAACCUCGGCAUUUUAGAUCUCAUUCAAGCUGGCUUUGCAGGAGCUCCAGCCCAUGCUGUAUCAGCUGUAAAGAAUAUGAAUCUUCCUGAGAGUCCAAGAAAUAGAAACAUUGGUGACAUCAGUAUGAAAGUGCCAAACCUGCCUUUUUAA